AUGCGUUUAUUAUUUAUUGCAAUUGUCUGUUUGGUUGCAUUUGAAUGUAUAAAUGGAUAUCGAGGUCCAUUCCGUAAAAUGUUUCCAACUCGAAAACCAACUAUUCUUACUGUUGAUGAUGAUCCAGGAGAGCCACUUUUUCUUACACCAUAUCUUGAACAAGGUAAAAUUGAAGAAGCAAGACAAUUAAGUUCUGUUGAAUUACCACCAUAUAAACAACAAUCAUUUUCUGGUUAUUUAACUGUUAAUAAACAAUAUAAUUCUAAUAUGUUUUUUUGGUUUUUUCCUGCACAAAAUGGUAAUAAACCUGAUACACCUGUUAUGCUUUGGCUUCAAGGUGGUCCUGGUGCAUCAUCACUUUUUGCUCUUUUUACAGAAAUUGGUCCAAUUUAUAUUGAUGCAAAUCAAAAUAUUCAAUUACGUGAAAUAACAUGGAAUACAAAUUAUCAUUUACUUUUUAUUGACAAUCCAGUUGGUACAGGUUAUAGUUUUACAUCGAAUGAUCAAGGUUAUGCUCGUUCACAAGAUGAUGUUGCACGUGAUCUUUAUUCAGCAUUAACACAAUUCUUUCAAAUCUAUACUGAUUAUGCAUCAAAUCCAUUUUAUGUUACAGGUGAAAGUUAUGGUGGUAAAUAUGUACCAUCAAUAACAUAUAAAAUUCAUAUGGAAAAUCAAGAUCCACAAGUUAAAGUUAAAAUUAAUUUGAAAGGUAUGACUAUUGGUGAUGGUUUAACUGAUCCUGUUAAUCAAUAUAUGUAUGGUGAUUUUCUUUAUCAAGUAUGA